UGGAAGCUUGGAAGUCCCCCUUAAGAUGUACCUUGCAAUUAUGAAGGGAAAACUAUUGCAAGCACAAAUGGAGCUGUAAGUUUCCUUCUUCUCUCGUUCACCACAAAACAUGAAAAUUGUACUUGCUGUGCUUGAUUUUAGGAAGAAAAGUGCAAUGUACCAUCCGGAGAAAAAGUGGAAGAAGCUGAACAACCCAGUGAUAUAGAAGAAGGAGGAUUAGAUCUCAGCGUGUCACUCAAACCAGUCAGUUUCUACAUCGCGGACAAAAAAGAAAUGCUUCAACAGUGUUUCUGUGUCAUAGGGGAGAAAAAACUACAGAAGAUGCUGCCUGAUAUUUUAAAGAACUGUUCCAUGGACGAAAUCAAAAGGCUUUGCUUGGAGCAGUUGGAGCUGUUAUCUGAAAAAAAACUGUUGAAGAUACUUGAAGGCAAGAUUGGAGCUGAUUCUGAUACUGACGAGGAGGCAGAUGGAGGAGACAAGACUGGAGGUGAAUCAGUCAGUCAACAGGACAACAGUAUAGACUCUACUUCCUCUCUGAGAGAAGACAGCAAGCUGGAAGGUCAGGAAUCAAAACAAGGCAAGGGAGAAGAUAGCGAUGUCCUCAGCAUAAAUGCAGAUGCAUAUGAUAGUGACAUAGAAGGCCCAUGCAAUGAAGAAGAUGUCCCAGAUGUGCAAGAAAACACUGCCAGAAGCGGAGCCGGUCAGAUAGAUGACCUUCAGAAGGACAUUGAGAAAAGCGUGAAUGAGAUACUGGGGUUGGCAGAGUCCAGUCCAAAGGAGCCCAAAGCAGCAACCUUAGCCGUUCCACCGUCAGAAGAAGUUCAGCCAUCAGCGCAGCAGCUGGAGCUUCUGGAGCUCGAGAUGAGGGCCAGAGCUAUUAAGGCUCUGAUGAAAGCUGGUGAUAUAAAAAAACAGCCCUGAGAUUGUUUAGAUUUAAUUGUCAGUGUUGGUUUUGAAGGAUGUGGUGUCUGUUCUCUUCAGUGCUAAGGUAUAUUUGGCUUGUGUAUGACGUUCCUCAUUCAAACCCUGUUGUGUAUCCUGACCUGUGGCUUAAGCCAUUAAUAGCUGGUUUCAUUGCCGUUGUGUGCUGCUUCCAUGACAUGCACAAACAGAGUGGUUUGACGCUUCACAGAGGUCAGGUCUCUGUGCUGGGUUAUUUCCCCAAGGAGUCACACCAUGUAUAUGCCAGGAACCUGGUGCCUUCCAGAAAGGUUAGGAGAAUCAAGUUCUUUAUAACCCCAUGGUUAGAAAUUACCAGCUGUUUUAUUUAUUAGCAACUUGUUAAACUACUUGAGAAACUUGAUUUAUAUGUAUUUCAUUAAAAAUACCAUUUUGAAGAGGUCUUUUGUCGUGUGACUGCCUUCAGCAUUCUGUGAUGGGAUUUGAGAUUGCUUAUUUCUCCUUGGGGCCCAGCUCAUCAUAAUGUAGCUAUUCUAGUUAAAAUGAAUGAUGAUUCAUUUAAAACCAUACUUAAUUUUUAGAAAGUUGAAUUCCUAAAGGAAGGGAUUUUUUCCUUCCAAAUAAACAGUUGAACCAUGUUAUUUUCAGAGUUAUGAAAGUGCCUGAAAGUGACAAAUGCCAGAGUUUUUAUACUGUUGGUGAUUUAAUUUUGUCACUCUCCUCUGCUGUUCUAUCUUCUGUGUCAUAACUGAAAUAAAGAAAAUAGAGUUUUUUCUUGACUAUGAGGCUUUUUUGUUGAAUAUUUGGCAUAAUAUUUAGGGCAAUGCAGCAAAUCAGACUAUUUAGACGACCUUGAGUUUUUAACAUAUAACUAAUGUGGUCAUUUCAUGUCCCCUGCAAAUAGGAAAAUCCCCGUAAUUACAGUAUAAAUGUUUUUUAGAAAAGGCAUUUAAUUUAUUUAUAUCUAUUAUAUAAUUUUUAGAAAUCAUAAUUCUACUUUUAUCCAUUUCAAGGGUAUUUCUUUGUAAGUAAAUUGUAUUACAGGAUUAAUUUUCCUGCUAUGAUUUCUUACAAUAAUUAAAAUAAUUCUGAUUUUGUUUAGAAUUAGUGCUGGUUUUAUACUUGGCUGCUAAUCAAAUGCAUGUUAAAAUAUUUCUCUGUGUGUGUGUUUACAUACACACGCACAGAGAAACCGAUUUUUUUUAAGGUAUGAAGUUUACAAAUGUGGUCCUUUUUAAGUAAAAUGAUGUAUUAUAUAUUGUUACUCCUGGUUUUCCCUUGGUUGUUACUUAGAAACCAAAUUAGAUACUUUGCAACAGUAGCAUAGAUAAUUUCUACCUGCUAUUUUGUAAUAUUACUGCAUCGUUCUAUUCAAAUACUAUGUUUUGAAUUCUCUUGCAAGGUUUAUAUUUUUCUUUUUUUUUCCUUUCCUUUUUCCCCUUUAUUCUCUUUUUUCCCUUUCUUUUUUUCACCUUUUGUUCCCCUUUGCUUUUAACCCCUUUUCUACCCUUUUCCCUUUCUUUGUUGGUAGUCAAGUGCAUUGUCUUUAAUAGCAAGUUUCUUACGUAUUUCUUAAAGUAUGAUUGAUUUCCUCUAGAAUCAACAGUAUUGUGAGUAAAAUGGUAGCAAAAUAGUGCAGUGUAAAUUUGAUUAUAAACUAAAACCUUCAUUAAAUACAGCUGAGAAAAUUA